AUGAACUUGAAGUGGCAUUACCAGAAUGGCUCGAAUUGGGCUGGCAAACAAGCAUGGUGGAAGGAUGCUGUCUUCUAUCAAGUUUACCCCGCUAGUUUCAAGGAUUCUAAUAACGAUGGAUGGGGAGAUAUUCCUGGAGUAAUAUCAGAAAUCGACUAUCUGCACGAGCUUGGUGUCGAUGUGGUCUGGCUCUCUCCCAUGUUCGAAAGUCCUCAGAAGGAUAUGGGAUAUGAUGUUUCAGACUAUCAAAAGGUGUAUGCACGGUACGGAACUGUUGAGGAUGUUGACACACUUGUGGAAGCGUGCCACAGCCGAGGGAUGAAAUUAAUCCUGGAUUUGGUUGUAAACCAUACAUCCGACCAGCACGAGUGGUUCAAGGAGUCUCGUUCCUCCAAAACCAACCCCAAGCGCGAUUGGUAUAUUUGGAAACCGGCACGGUACGACAGCACCGGUAAACGUAUGCCACCGACGAAUUGGCGGAGCUAUUUUGCAGGUCCGACUUGGACCUGGGAUGAGCAUACACAGGAGUAUUACCUACACUUGUACGACACCUCGCAGCCGGAUCUGAAUUGGGAGUCGCCCGAGUGCCGAGAGGCUAUUUACGACAACACCAUGCGCUUUUGGCUAGACCGUGGUGUGGACGGGUUCCGAAUUGAUACCGUCAACAAAUACUCUAAACGUACGGAUUUCCCUGAUGCGCCAGUGACAUUCCAGGGUUCGGACACACAGCCUGCCCCGGAAAUGUGGUGCAACGGACCCCGUAUUCACGAAUUCAUACACGAGAUGAAUAUCAAGGUCCUUGAGCCAUACGGAGCUGUCUCUGUAGGAGAGCUUUCGAAUACCCCGCUACCAUCACAAGUCAUACCGUAUGUCUCUGCUGCCGCGAAGGAGUUGGACAUGGUAUUCGAGUUCAGUAUGAUUCGUCUCGGAACUGGUGGUGCCUUCCAUGGCAAAUAUCUCUACAAGCCAUUCCCUCUCUCCGAUCUUAAGAGACAUGUGGCGACAUGGCAAGUGUUUAUCGAGGGUACAGAUGCCUGGCACACAGUCUUUUGCGAGAACCACGACAACGGCAGGGCCGUCUCACGGUUCGGAAAUGACACCACGCCGGAGCUAUGGGCGGCAAGUGCAAAGACACUGGCGCUGUGGCAGGUGACUUUGACCGGCACGCUUUUCUUAUACCAGGGCCAGGAAAUUGGUAUGACGAACAUGCCCAAGAAUUGGGGAAUUGAGGAGUAUAAAGAUGUGGAAAGCCUAGGCUUUUACUCUGAAGCAGUUCAGUCAGGGGACAAGGAGAGGAUACAAAAGACCCUAGCGGGACUGCAGAUUCUGGCUCGCGACCACUCAAGGAUACCAUUUCAAUGGGACGAUUCGCCGAACGCAGGCUUUACGGCGGAAGGCGUGGUGCCUUGGAUGCGCACUCACGACAACUACCGCGAGAUCAACGCCAAAAAGCAGAGGCAGGACCCGGAGUCGGUGUUGGCCUUCUACAAACUAGCACUGAAGCUGCGGAAGCAGUACGGAGAUCUUUUUAUCCAUGGAGCCUUCAGACACCUCGUUCCGGACCAUGAGGCGCUGUUCGCUUAUGUGAAGGAGAGCUGUAUUCCUGUUGGCGGCAAGUACGGCGCUGGCAAGCGGAAAGCCUUGACCAUCAUGAAUUUUACGAACCAGCCUCAGGAGUGCCUAGAUGUGUCUACGGCCCUAUCAUGCCAGGAGUGUGAUGUGCAAUUACUUAUCAGCACAAGCAAGGAUAGCAAGGCGAAGUCUUACACACAGGAGACUUUGGCCCCGUGGGAGGGCAGGGUGUAUUUGAACUUCAGUGCAGAAAACUGA